UGAUUGGAUGACGACCAGAGGACUUCCGAGAGGCUCCUAUCGGGUGUGGGACAGCUGAGAGCACUUUGCACGUGUGGUUGUUCGCGUGAGCUCGAUGGAGACUGCCCCCAAGCCGGGCAAGAAUGUUCCGCCUAAGAAGAACAAACUUAAGACCAAGAAGAAACCACGGCGCUACUGGGAAGACGUGGCCACUCCGACGGCUGCCGGGACCUCUCCAGAGCCCCCUCCUAACAAGAAAAGGAAGCGAGAGGUUCGCCCCGAGAGGCCAAAGAAUACUCGUAUCCCAAAGAAGUCCUGGAACUCCAAGAAGCGCCAGGUCCAGAGGAAAUCCCGAGAACACAGGAAUCCGGCGCCUCAGGGGACCUUGUCUGGGGCUCAGGAUCCAUUUCCAGGCCCCGCCCCCAUCCCUGUAGAGGCGGCCCGGAAGUUUCGGCGGAUUGACAAAUCCAAAAAGUUUCCAGACUGUAAGCCCCAAACCCAGAGCAGACUUGAGGUGGCUGAAGCUGAGGAAGAAGUAGUAAGUGUCAAAGCUGCGCGUUCUGAGCUGCUGCUUGCUGAAGAACCUGGGUUUUUAGAAGGAGAAGAUGGGGAGGACACGGCAAAGAUACGACAGGCUGACAUUGUGGAGGCUGUGGACAUUGCAAGUGCAGCCAAGCACUUUGACUUGAACUUGCGGCAGUUUGGGCCAUAUAGGCUGAAUUACUCUCGAACUGGGAGACACCUGACUCUUGGAGGACGCAGGGGUCAUGUGGCUGCCCUUGACUGGAUCACAAAGAAGCUCAUGUGUGAGAUCAAUGUCAUGGAGGCAGUUCGAGACAUCCGGUUUCUGCAUUCAGAGGCACUGCUUGCUGUUGCUCAGAACCGAUGGCUUCACAUCUAUGACAACCAGGGCAUUGAGCUUCACUGCAUCCGCCGCUGUGACCGCAUCACGAGGCUUGAGUUCCUGCCUUUCCACUUCCUCCUGGCCACAGCUUCAGAGACAGGAUUCCUGACCUACCUGGACGUGUCUGUUGGGAAGAUCGUGACAGCACUGAAUGCCCGCGCUGGAAGGCUUGAUGUCAUGACUCAGAACCCCUAUAAUGCUGUCAUUCAUCUUGGACACAGCAAUGGUACUGUGUCUUUAUGGAGUCCAGCCAUGAAGGAGCCUCUGGUAAAGAUUCUCUGUCACCGUGGUGGUGUCCGGUCUGUAGCAGUAGAUUCUACAGGCACGUACAUGGCCACCUCUGGCUUGGACCACCAGAUAAAGAUCUUUGACCUUCGAGGAACAUUCCAGCCUCUGAGCACUCGGACCUUGCCCCAGGGAGCAGGGCACCUUGCCUUCUCUCAGCGGGGACUGCUGGCUGCUGGAAUGGGCGAUGUGAUCAACAUAUGGGCAGGGCAGGGCAAGGCCAGUCCACCCUCUCUGGAGCAGCCCUACCUUACACACCACCUUUCAGGCAAUGUGCACGGCCUUCAGUUCUGCCCCUUUGAAGAUGUGCUCGGGGUGGGGCACAGUGGGGGCUUCACCAGCAUGCUGGUCCCUGGGGCUGCUGAGCCCAACUUUGAUGGCCUAGAGAGUAACCCAUACAGGAGCAAGAAGCAGCGCCAGGAAUGGGAGGUGAAGGCCUUACUGGAGAAGGUACCUGCAGAACUCAUCUGUCUUGAUCCACGAGCCCUGGCAGAGGUUGAUGUUAUCUCUUUGGAGCAGCAAAAGAAGGAACGGAUAGAAAGGCUGGGAUAUGAUCCCAAGGCCAAGGUUCCCUUCCAGCCAAAACCAAAACAGAAAGGCCGCAGCUCGACGGCAAGCUUAGUGAAGAGGAAGAGGAAAGUCAUGGAUGAGGAACAUAGGGACAAAGUCCGACAAAACCUUAAGCAGCAGCAACGGCAGCAGCAAAAACAAGACAAGGACAAACCCACUGGAGCCCGGCCAUCAGCCCUGGACAGAUUUGUACGCUGAGCUAGUUCCACAGGGUACUAUGGGUGAUAAAUUCUACCUAAGAUCACCUAUGAGAAAAUGAUCUUUUUCCCUAGAUGGGGGGAGGCAUUGUGCUUCUUCCUCAACUGGCAUGGACAGCUGGGGUUGGGUUGACAUUAAAGAGCAAGAUUUUUUUGGGGGGAA